AUGCAUCCUGCACCCAGUCUGUCGGAAGCAUUUCCCAAGGACAGCAAGACUGAAGAUAGAGGUCAGCACGUCUCUCAUCAGCACGACCAGCAGCAGCAACAGCAACAGCAGCAGCAGUCGUCUGGUGGGCAUCAUCGUCAACCUUCUCAGCCGCAACUUCAACAACAACCCCACCAAGGAUCACAUCCCGAGCACGUGCAACCGCAACAUGGGAGUCUCCCGGCAUCACCAAGCCAGUCGGCGACUCCCAUCAGGAAGGAUACAGGUUCUUCUACCUCGACGACCGCCACCGAUGCAACGGCGGUAUCCAAUGCCACCACUGACACGAACUCGACAGCUUAUAGUGUAGAGUCGUCCCAGUCCAUCUUCUCCGUGAAAGAUGGGUCGGAGAUCUCGCACAAUCGUCGAGCCAGCCGUCGGCGAACGGGGCCCCUGUCAGCCCAGCAGAGAGAGAAGGCUGCGUUGAUUCGGAAAUUAGGCGCGUGCGCCGACUGCAGAAGGCGGAGGGUUGCUUGUCACCCCAACCAUCAUAAUAUGACGUGGGAAGAUGCUAUGCGGAAGUAUCGCUCGUCUAGCCCUUUGCAGGAUCUGGCUCCCCUGGCUGGUCGACCGAUCAGCCCCGCGCCAAACCAUGUCAGACAUCACUUCACCCAAGAUCCCCAGGAGAUGGAGAUUGACUCCACCCCCGCUGCUCCCAAUAACGCUCAGAGCACGCCAGGUCGUCCACCGCUCAACGACGCGAGGAUCCGGACGCCUCUACCGUCAGGCCCGCGACUAGAGAAGCCCAUGUCUAACUCUCCGCUGGCCGCUACAACGAAUCAUUACACGCCUUUGUCGAGCAUCGAUUCCGUGAAGGUAGAACUAGAGAGUGCAGCAUCUAGGAUCCUCGCUUCACCUCACCGCAGUCGCUACAGCAGCGUUUGCGCGCUUUUAAUCUAUUGGCAGGAUGACGAAAACCCCGACGUGGCAUCCGCGGUGGAGGAACUUGGCAUUGUUUUCGACAAGUACUACCGAUACGCGUUUGAAAUCCUCAAGAUACCGUCAUCUGCUUCCGACGGCUGUACCAACUCGUGGAGGUGGCUCUCGCGUAUUAUAAACGAAUUUACGGACAAGAGCGACACCCGAGACGUUUUAAAACUUGUGUACUAUAAUGGGUACAGUUACUUGGAUGAGCAUAGGGAGAUGGUUUUGGCGAGGCGAGCCUCGACUAUUCGAUGGAGCGGUAUUCAACAGAUUUUGGAGGAAGCCCGGUCAGACACAUUGAUUAUGAUGGAUGCUGCAUAUUAUCCGUCAUCGAAGAUGGUUCGACAAAAGGGGGUGCUGGAGGUCAUCGCGGCGUCGUCUUCGGAGGAGUACUUCGACGUGCUGGACCGGAAUAGCUUCACCAGAACGCUAGUCGAUCAACUUCGAACACGGGCCACCCAACGACUUCCGAAUCCGUUAUCAGCCGCCGAGUUGCAUUCGAAACUCCUAUCCAUCUACCCCAAGAUCAUCCAAGACAAACACCAGGAAAAGGGAAUAAUGCUGGGCUUCCCUUCGCCGUUGCACAUACAAAUAUCCAGUAACUCGAGAUUACCAUCAAUUACGUUAUCUCCACCACAACCACCCCGGACUAUUUACAGCCCGGAGAAUCAUCAUGGCCCUCAAUUGACAUUUUCUAUGCGAUUGACGGAUGAGGCUCUCAACAUUGAGAGUUGGGCCGAAUGGCUUCGAAUGAUGCCUGAAGGGAUCAAAGACAUAAAAGUCGAAAGUCCAUACGCUACGUUUAGGUGACGCUGUCUCCGACCAAAUACGUUUUUUUUGUCCUAUGUAAUGCGUCAAUCGGCCACGAGACCACGAUGAGCGACACGCCUGGAAGGAAAUGGAUGAGCGAAAAUUCUUGCUCGUUACGUUUUGAUGACAGAUUGUCAUCUAAUAUCUACCAUUUAUCGUCAUGUUUCAUCUACGAAGACUAUUUUUAUUUUAUUGUUGCAUCUUACGAAAGAUAAUUCGAGGCUAGAGGCGCAGACGACGAAUUUUUCUUUUCAUACAUUAUACCAUACCCACCCCUCUUAACGUCUCCUAUCUUAUUACGGCGUACAGGAGAAGCAGCCGUGGCUAUGGACGUUUUUUUACGUCCCGAAUAGAUUUUUCUUUUUUUUAUGCCUCGGCAUCGAGAUACAUCGUGCCCCGGCUGAUUGUUAUCAUAUGGCAUAGCCGAGGAUUCAUUCAGGAUAUACCAAUAAAGCGAGUUUCGAAUGAAGCUUCCCCAAAUUUAAAUGGGGAUGAAUUAUGGCGCGGAGUUGUAGGACUAAAUGGAGUGAAGCUGUUUGAUAAAUAGACGCGGAGCUGUUGAAAUGCUGUUUUAUUAACGUGCCGGGCUUCGAAUCGCUGCCUAAGGCACAGGUAUAAUAUUCUCUGG